AUGGACAAGCAGAGCCUCGAGCCGGCGGCGGCGCACGCGGCCCAAGUGCUGCCGGCGGACAGCGCGGCCAAGCUGCUGCGCGUGUUCAGCUUCCUGCGGCAGCACGAGCGCAAGGCGCGCCUUGCCAGGAAGACGGCCGAGCUGACCGCGCUGACGGCAUCGCCUCCACCAACUACGACGCCGAAGACUGGGACGACGACCGACGCCGCCUCGACGAUCGAGGAGCUGCGACGCGAGAUCAAGGAGCUGCAGAAGGGGGUCGUCACGAGCAACAGCGACACGUCCGGCGUCAUUACGGCCGCGGACUUGGCCUCGUGCAUGAAGAGCCUCAACCGCGUGUCGUCCAAGAGCGAGGUCCAGUGGAUGAUCUGGGAGGUCGACAACGACUUGGACGGCUGCGUGAGCUGGGAGGAGUUCAAGGGCUGCUACGUCCGCACGCUGCUGGACUCGCACGGGCUCGAGCUCAACCAGCUCUACUACCUCAUCCAGUUCCUCCUGUGUGACACCGACGGCAGUCAGACCGUCUCAGCGGACGAGAUCACGGCCGAGCUGCAGCGCAUCGGGGACACCGAGCACCUCACGGCCAAGCUGUGGUCCGUGCUCGACGGAGAGAGCGAGGAGCAGCAGUUCUUGCGCAAAUUGACGCUGUCCGAGUUCCUGGACGCCAUGCUCGCCGACCUGCCGACGAGCUUCAACUUUCACUAA